UAACAUUUAGAAAAAAGUGAAAACAGAGGACGAGGCUUAAACUCAGUGACUCAGAGAAAGAGAGAGCUCACUGGGUCAAAAAAUGGCAGCCGCUUCUUCUUCGUUAUCAACCUCGACGGUCACUGAGGAGGAGCUUACACUAAUUGUGAAGUGGAGUGGCAAGGAGUACACGGUCCGAGUCUGCGGCGACGAUUCUGUCGGCGAAUUGAAGCGCCGCAUAUGCGAACUCACUAAUGUUUUACCAAAACGACAAAAGCUUCUCUACCCCAAAAUCGGUAAUAAGCUUGCCGAUGACUCCGUUUUGCUCUCCCAGCUUCCCCUCAAGUCCUCUCUCAAGAUGACGAUGAUUGGAACUGUUGAAGAUGACUUAAUUCUGGAUCAAGAAGACUCUCCUGAAGUUGUUGAUGAUUUUGAACUUGGGCAAGAUGAAGCUGUUGACAUUAAAGAUAAGGAAGUUAAUAAACAAAAACUAAGGAGGCGCAUUGAUCAAUAUAAGAUUGAACUUCGGAAUCCAUGUCGUGAAGGGAAAAAGCUGCUUGUUCUAGAUAUUGAUUAUACACUAUUUGAUCACAGAUCCACAGCAGAGAACCCACUUGAACUCAUGCGACCUUAUCUUCAUGAGUUUCUCACCGCUGUUUAUGCAGAGUAUGACAUUAUAAUAUGGUCUGCAACCAGCAUGAAGUGGGUUGAACUGAAAAUGGGACAAUUGGGAGUGCUCAACAAUCCAAACUAUAAAAUCACAGCUCUUCUAGACCAUUUGGCAAUGAUUACAGUUCAAUCAGAUUCCCGGGGGAUAUUUGAUUGCAAGCCACUUGGACUGAUUUGGGCUCUGUUUCCUCAGUUUUACAAUCCAGGAAACACCAUAAUGUUUGACGAUCUGCGAAGAAAUUUCGUAAUGAACCCACAAAAUGGUUUGACAAUCAAGCCUUUCAGGAAGGCUCAUGCAAAUAGAGAUAGCGAUCAGGAGCUUGUGAAGCUCACCCAAUACUUGCUUGCCAUUGCUGAACUUGAUGAUUUAAGCACUCUGAAUCAUGCAAACUGGGAAUUCUUUGCUGAAGACAAUACAAAAAGGCGUAGGCAUGCAUAACUGACACUAACAAGCUUGGAAACCUUAAAGCUCCUUCCUAUAUUCACUUUGUGAGGGAAGACAAAUGAUGGAUACCAAUACAGCAAAAGUGUACCCUUCUUGCAUUCUGCUAUGGGUACAUAUCUAGACUUUGAAUUUCUCUACUGGGAGUUUGUUUAGAACUAAACUCAUCAAUUAAUAUGUGAUACAGUUUGCAAGACUUUUUCUGUGGAUGUCAUUUAUUGAUUAAUGUUGUGGCUGAGAAUUUGGAUUGUCUGACUGAUGUUUCUAAAAGUAAAACUUAAUCAUCUUGUUCAA